AUGGCCACCGGUAACCCCUUUGCUCUUCUUGGGGAUGGCGACGGCGACGAUCUGUCGCAGGUGAUUGCGGCGCAGCGGCAGAAGAUAGCAGCCAAGAAACCGCUUAGCGCUGCAGCUCCCAAAGUGCCCCCGGUGUCGGCGAAGCUCCCAUCGAAGCCAGCUCCUCCGGCACAAUCUGGUAAUUUUAAUUUUUUUUUCAGAGCUCGGCCUUCAGGAAAUCCUUGUCCAUACAGUGGACGCUCGCUUAAACUUCGGCGGCGGCGGCCUGCUGUUUUAUGAUGCGCUUCUGUAAUUUUUCUCAUGUCGGCUUUGCCCGGGGGAAAGUGGGGUCGUUCUGGAAUCAGAGGUCGCGCGCUUACGCAGCAAUCGGCUAUGCCUCGUGUUGGAAAGAGAAUUUCCUAAAACCUUGCUGUUAAUUUUCGUCCUUCGAUGCUGCAGUGAAGGAUGCUCGGAGCAGUAACGCACCGACACGCGGCUCUUUCGGCGGUGGCCGUGGACUUAGUCAAGGUAGGGGCGGCCGCGGUAGCUUCAACCAGAACAGAGACUACGAUCAUGGAAAUGUGGACGGAUUAUUGCGAAGGCAUGAUGACGCUGCUGGCGGGGGGGAAGGCCGCGAUCCGAGCAAGCCCCAAGAGAGGGAACGCGGAUAUUACGGGGGCCCGCGUCAGUCGUUCCGAGGUGGUUACCAUGGCGGACAUGGGGAUCGAGAAGCUGGAGGAGGAGAUUCUGAUCGGCCUCCGAGGAGAGUGUUUGAACGACGCAGUGGCACCGGUCGCGGGAAUGAGUUUAAGCGCGAUGGCUCUGGCCGUGGCAACUGGGGCAGCUCAACUGAUGAUGCCCUCGCGCCGUGAGUUUCCUUUUUUCUUUGAAUUGUUCUUGUCCACUUGUGCUGCAAUUAAACUUUCACUUUACCAGAUAAAUUUUAUGGGAUCAGGGGAACAGAGGAGGUUGUGAGCGGCGGCCGCAAGGUUUGGACUACUGGAAAGCAAUCUGACCAGAAAGGUGCGCCAGUGUCUGAGAUGAGCAAAGAAAAUAAAGGGGAUGGGUCUGAGGAGACUGAAGAGAAAGAGCCAGAGGAUAAGGUACUCACAAACAUGCUGUUUUCCCCGCGCAUUUAUCACAGAUUAUGUGAGUACCAAUGAGGCGCCAGUUUUGCUUCUCAUUUCAGUUUUAGCUAUUUUAGUCCUGAAAUGGGACAUUCUCUGGAAUCUAAUGUGGUAGGGCACGUGCUCACAUUAUGUCUAGCAGGUGCCCGUAUAUCCAUAUAGAGAUCGGUAAAUAGUCUGAUAAUGGCAAAAAUAUUUCCAUUAACCAUUAUAUUCUGGCUAUUAUUUUGUCGGCAACUGGUUGAAAUUCAGAUUUCAGUUUCAGGUCUUUUCUGGGUAGAACUGCAUUUCCCAUUUGGUUAGAUGUUGUGGCUGUACUGACUAGUACUCUCAGGAGUUUUGUUCCCUCUCCGGUACAAACCAUUGAAAGAGCUCCCUAUUUAUCUACCACCAGCCAAACUCAAGGUGCCCAUCGAAGUAGGAGACACCCAACCCUUUGUUUCACACAUCGUCGCUUGUGGUAUGCCCAAAUAUAUCGCCAUGGAAUGUUCCUGGGUUUUCUCAGAUUAUAUCUUGCUUAGUGGAUGCCAUGAUUCAAAUUCUCAAGCCUUUCUUGCUCUUGAACUUAUUUUGCUCGGGGGAGGCCUGAGGUAAUCAUAGUGCAGCAUUGAUGACCAAUGUGGAGGAUCAGUGAUAGUUGGUGCCUAUCGGACGGUGCAUGUAGAUUCUUGUUGAAAAGGGGAAGAAUUGCUUGAGUUGUUGCAUGUGAUAAAACUAAAGAUACUCGGUACUUUUAUAGUUUAUAUUCUUCCCCCCAGUGCGAGCUCCUGUUCUAGGGGCCGGCGACUGUGCACCUGCCGCUUUCCCACUGUGGGCUGUUCUUGUUGAAGACUAAAGUUUGAUAGUUGCUCAAUGCCAGGAGAUGACUCUCGAUGAGUAUGAGAGGGUAAAGGAAGAGAAACGAAAGGCUUUGAUUGCAACGAAGUCGGAGGCUAGGAAAGUAGAGGUUGACAAGGAUUUCCUGUCCAUGCAGCAGCUUUCUCUCAAGAAAGAGAACGAUGAGAUCUUUGUCAAGUUGGUAAAGUUUCUUUGUCCAGUCUCCUACGUCGUUCUCUUUAUAAUUCGUGAUUAUUUUCUACCAAAUUUGGCAGGGCUCUGACAAAGAUCCCAGAAAGAAAGACAACGUUGACCGGGAUGAAAGGGCCAAGAAGGUGACCAGGGUCGUGCUCUUCUCCUCCUGUUGAAAUGAUUUGCGACUGCUCUUUAGUCACAUUCGCUCCCUCCCUCUCUGCAGUCUGUAAGCAUCAACAAGUUUCUCAAACCAGCCGACGGAGACAGAUACUACAGUUCUCCCAGCGGCCGAGGCCGCGGACAUGGACGCGGCCGCGGCCGCAGCGGCGGCGAUCAGCAACUGUCUUGGACCGGCAGCGGUAACGCCUACCACGGGACCGGGGCAGCGGCGGAGGCACUCAUCAUCGAUGAUCCCGGCCACUUCCCCUCCCUUGGAGGGAGGAAGUAA